AUGGAGAGAAACGUCCCCAGUCUUCUCCUCAUCCAUCUCGUCUUCUUCGUCCUCUCCGCUCCUCCAUGUGCAGAGUCUACAGUCAGUAACAUUUCAAAGGUUGUCCUCAUCAGCGAUUCGAAGGACUGGUUGUCUGCCCAGAACCACUGCAGAGAGUUCCAUGGUGACUUGGUCACCAUCACAAACCUACAGGAGGCCACCGAGCUUUUCCCUCUCUCUCUCCUUGUUCUUGUAGGUGAACCAGACCCUAAUGAGCACUGUGUUUGGAAGAGUCAUUCUCACCUAAAAUGGGCAAAUUAUCCUUGCAAAGAGCUUCACCCCUUCAUUUGUGAUAAAAGAGUGGACCUGGUCCAGGAAAAGAAGACAUGGGAAGGGGCCUUGGAGCACUGUAGAGAAAAAGAAAAUUACGACCUCGUCAGCCUGCCGGAAGUCGCUGCCAGAAACACCUUUCUGUUGAACAGAGGGACAAUAACACAGCAAGCAACCAAUAAUGAGGUGUGGAUCGGACUGCGAUUCCUGGCUGGUGAGUGGUGGUGGAUGAAUGGAGAGAGGGCGACGAGCUCCGACCUUCCUCACUGUCCUGCCCAGCAGCAGCACUGCGGCGCCCUGCUUCCCAACGAAAAAGGCUGGAAGAUAAUGAACUGUAGUGAGAAGAGAAACUUCAUCUGCGGCAAAAACAAAUGAACGUUGGGAGAGGAAUCAUUUGUUCAUCUUGAACAUCAAUGUCAUUUUAAAAUAAAGGCAACAUGAGUAGAGAGUCAAAGCCAUGAAAAGAAACGUGAUUGGUGGUGUGGCUGAAAGAGGAACUACGCCCAUUUUCUAAAUUCAUACAUGUUUUUCAUACACAUCAGACCGGCAAUACGUCAUCCAGAGUUGGCUCACAUGACCACGCCCCCUUUUGGG